ACAACAUCCAUCGGAUCAGAAUGUUUGAACUCAGCAUCACUGUGUGGUUGGCUGGCAGCAGCUGACUAGCAUAAGCUCGCAUCCCCUGGUGGAAGCGGUUUUGUGCAGGCUUGUGAGAAAGCCGCAACAUGGGGAACGAUAAGUACAUGCUCUGUACGUUCUUACUAUGAAAUUCGUCUAUUUUUAUUUGAGAAAAUUCAAAAGGAACAACUGACUUCCAGAUUUUAGGACGAUGGAAAUUUAACGGCGAUGAAAUUCUCUGCUUCGACCGCUAUAGACGUUGACACCAAGAAACAAUUUCCUUAGGUUAUUCACCCGGAAUAAAGCUGUUCUCUGGACAGGCUACACCGGCCUGUGCAGACUCUCUCAGCCAUGGCUCUGGUUACUUUGCAGCGCUCCCCUACCCCAAGCGCUGCAUCCACAGCCAGCACAACCACCACCAACGUGGGGGAGGACUUUGGGAGUGAUGAUGAGCGCCGGCUAAAUCAGAGCCUGAGCGAGAGCUUCUUCAUGGUGAAGGGUGCCGCCCUCUUCCUGCAGCAGGGCAGCAGUCCUCAGGACCAGAAAGCACAUCCCCACCACAAACAUGCAGGAGACUUACCUCAGCACCUGCAGGUGAUGAUCAACAUUCUUCGCUCGGAGGACCGAAUCAAACUGGCGGUGCGGUUGGAGAGUGCCUGGUCAGACAGAGUGCGUUACAUGGUGGUGGUGUACACCAGCGGACGACAGGACACAGAGGAGAACAUCCUGCUGGGCAUAGACUUCAGCGACAAGGACAGUAAAAGCUGCUCCGUUGGCAUGGUGCUGCCUCUGUGGAGUGACACCAAGAUCCAUCUGGAUGGAGACGGGGGUUUCAGUGUGAACACAGUGAGCCGGAAUCAUGUCUUCAAACCUGUGUCUGUACAGGCCAUGUGGUCGGCUCUGCAGAUCCUCCACAAGGUGUGUGAGGUGUCCCGCAGGUACAACUACUUCCCCGGGGGAAUGGCCCUCACCUGGAUGGGUUACUAUGAGAGCUGCAUCGCCUCAGAGCAGAGCUGCAUCAACGAGUGGAACGCCAUGAGAGACCUGGAGACCUUGCGGCCUGACUCUCCCACCAUGUUUGUCGACAAGCCCACAGAAAGGGAGCGGACAGAGUGCCUUAUCAAAGCCAAACUCCGUAGCAUCAUGAUGUUUCAGGACCUGGAGAACGUCACCUCUAAACAGAUCCGGACGGAGCUGGAGCAGCAUAUGAGCUGUAACCUGAUGCAGUACAAGGAAUUCAUCGACAACGAGAUGCUGCUGAUCCUGGGCCAGAUGGACAAGGCAACACUCAUAUUUGACCACCUCUAUCUGGGAUCUGAAUGGAAUGCCUCCAAUCUGGAAGAGCUUCAGGACACUGGGGUGGGCUAUAUCCUCAACGUCACCAGGGAGAUAGAUAACUUCUUCCCAGGAACAUUCUCCUACCACAACAUACGGGUCUAUGAUGAGGAGACGACAGACCUGCUGGCCCACUGGAACGAGACAUACAACUUCAUAGUUAAAGCAAAGAAGAACCACUCCAAGUGUCUGGUCCACUGUAAGAUGGGUGUCAGCCGCUCUGCCUCCACCGUUAUUGCUUACGCCAUGAAGGAGUAUGGUUGGUCACUGGAGAAGGCCUUCAACUUUGUCAAGCAGAAGAGAAGCAUCACACGGCCCAACACAGGCUUCAUGAGACAGCUGGCUGAGUACGAGGGCAUCCUGGAUGCCAGUAAGCAGCGUCACAACAAGCUGUGGCGUCCUGACCGCCCCGACCCAGACUGUGACCUCCAUGAGGGACUGCAGGCCCAGUGCUGUGGGGGGGAGUACCCAGCUAACCGGACCCCUGAGCCGGGGAUGUCCCCCUGCUAUGAGGAGGCUCUUGAGGAGAAGGGGGCGGCAUGUCCCCUUUCCCCCUGCAGGAUGAUCAGUCUGGAGGUGGACCCCGCCUACAACAACUACUACUUCCGCAGGCUGUCUGACUCGGCCCUGGACAGUGACCCCUCCACGCCGGUGCGCGCUCCGCCCCUCCUGGACAUGGAGCGGGUCUUCAUAGAGAUUGAGGACGUGGAGCGUGACGCCCUGCUGGAUGACGAGGCCUUUGAGGGGCGGGAGGGCCUGCCGCUGCCACACUUUGGGCUGGCUGGGGUGGGGACGGCGGCCCAGACCUCUUGCCGAGGACCAGAGCCCCUGGAAGAGCUGCGCCUGCGUCUGGAGUUCAGCACUGUAGAGGAGGAGGAUGAGGAGGAGGUUCAGAAAGAUGAAGCAGAGAUGGAGGCGUUGGCACAGCCAGGAGGAAGAGUGGGGAGUGCAGGAGGAGGUGAUGGUGAUGGAGAGGUGGAGAUGGUUCAGGAAGAGGAGGGAGAGAAGGAGGGCAAUGGGCUGGACCUGGUAACCCUGAACCAGAACUCCAACAAUAACAACCACUUUAAUACCCUGUCCAGCCUCAAUGACACUGCUCCUUCCAAACCCGCUCACCCAGUCAAGCCUUCAGCCCUCUCGCGAUCAGACAACAAGCCCAGCCAUAACAUGGAUUCACUGACCCAGGAUUCUGAUCUCUGCCUUAACCCCACACACCUCCCCAGUGUGCCCAGUGUCUCUGUGGAGGUCCCAAGUGCCACUCUCCCUCUCCCACUUACCUCCCCCGACACACCCUGUUCCCCCAGCCUGCUGCACCCCUGUGGCCCUCUGUGUGACUGUGCCAACUGUGCUGCUCUGCCCUCUACACCUCUGCCUGAUGCCCAGGACUCCCCCUGCUCUCUGACAUCUGAGGACAUGGCUGGUGAGGCCAAGGGUGAGGAAGGGAAGCUUUUAGGGGUCUCUGAGCCUCUCCCUGUCCCAGAGCUGCAGGAGACUCUAGUGCAGCUACAGAGGUCAGGGCUGGUCCGCCGAAGGGCAGAGAGGCUCGAGAGGCUGUCAGGUCUGUCCCAGGAGGGGCUUCAUUCCUUGGAGCCUCUAGACAGCCUCCACUCAGGAGCCAGAGAGGGUCCCAGUCCUGUGGAGGUAGAGUUCUCAGCCUUCCCAGAAGACUUCCCCAAGUCCUCCACACCAUGCCCAGUGCCCCUGGAGCUGCUGGUGGUUCCUCUGACUAACGAGGUCCUGCUGGGUGCAGUGGGGUCUGGCGGGCUGACGCCCAACUCUUCCCCACAUGGCUCCACACUGACACGUAGCUCCAGCAGUGACAGCAUCCGCAGCGUCAGGGGCAAACCCGGCCUGGUGCGCCAGAGGGCUCAGGAGAUCGAGACCCGCAUGCGGCUGGCCGGCCUCACCGUGCCCUCAAGCCUCAAACGCUCCAACUCACUGGCCAAACUGGGCAGUCUCAACUUCUCGGCUGAAGACCUGUGCUCCGUCUGCUCCUCGGAUGCAGGCACCCUCCUGCUCCUCUCUCUUUCCCCAGAGCCAGGCCUAGAAUGGGAGUGCCCCUCCACCUCUUCCUCCGCCCAGCCCAGAGCACACAGGGACCAGACCACCCCAGAGAGAGCACUGUCUGGGGGUCCCAGGAGCUGACAGGAAGGAUGGAGGGACACUCCUCCACCCAUCCCUCCAUCCCCCACUCUGAGCUGGGGACGGACACACAGAUUUUGGAGAGGGGAGAGGGACAGUCUUAAAAAACAAAUGUGUAUAUAGAAUUAUACAUGUAUAAAUAAACAUUUGAAUAAUAUAAAUAUAUAUUCAUAUAAAUCCACAUCAUAUUUAAGGAAAAAUUAACAGAAUCCAAAUAUUAUACCAUAAUCCAGAUGGUAUCUUGGUUAAAGCCUGCUCGGUAUCUUGGUUAAAGGCUGUUCUUGCAUGGAGCGCAAUGAAUGUGUGUGCAAAGAUGAACCUCAUACAGAAGACCUGGUCUCCAUCAGGACUUAAAGUGGUUUUCAUGUCUGGUCCUCUGCCUUUCUAGCUGUCCAGAGAUCAGAGUUACAGCUUUAUCAUCAUCAUAAUCAUUAUCAUAUUAUCAUCAUCAUAAUCAUUAUCAUCACCAUCAUAUACCCUGCCUUUCACAAGCAGAUACAUUUUGUUUUUAUCACAGACUUUAUCAUCACAAUUUGUUGUUUACUUUGCCAUUGGUUAAUGUUAAUUGUGGUGUAUUUUGAUGAAGUGCUGCCUUAGCCAGAGUUGAUCAUCAGAUGAUACUGAUUUUGCGCUAUCAUUGGGCAUAGUGCUCCCGAAGUUUCACCAUGUGCUGAAAACAAAGGGGAGAAGUGGGUGUAGUUGUCUGUUGUAUUUGUCACUGCUGUCUUGGGUUCAGUAAGCAGUAUGAGACGCACAUAGACUGUAAACUUGUCAUAACACAAACAGCACCAUUAAUUCGGUGUGCAUCAUGUAUUUUGGAGAGAUGUCGUGAUAGGUUGUGAUAUGUGACAUCAUCAUAACGUUUUCUUCCUCUUGUCACCUCAGUGUUAAUGACAAUCCUUUACAGGUUAGAGGCUGUUACCAACGAUGUGAUAUUAGAAAUGUAUUUAAAAAAUCAUACAAGCAUAGAGUCUAGCUCCUCUGCUUCUGAGCCUGCAUUGUAUUUUGGUAUUUGCAUAAAAAAGUUGAUUAAUUUUGGAAGAGCCAAAUAUAUAACAGAAAUCAUUUUCAAACCAUUCAGAUCCCAAAACAUAGAAUACAAAAACAAAAAGACCAUAGCCCCCUCCUGCAAGUACUGCAGUGUGAUUCCACUUCAGUAAGAAAAGUCAUUCCUUCAUCAUAGUCCCCUCCAUUUCUGACGCUUUCAUGGUAUAAUGUCCUCCAAGCUUCCAACAUGUCCCUGUGUCAAAACAUCCAGAUAUGAUUCCAAGAAUCUUCUGGGACCAUUCAACCUCUGUGACACCACGGUGAUGUGGUGUUUUUCAUUUUGUUCAAGUAGUUCUACAGAUCCCGCUCUUGUCAGGUGAGAAGUUCACAUGCUAUGUCAUAGAGAUCCUACAUCUCUACGGGCUGUAUGUUGUAUCUAUGUAGGAUCUCUAUGGGCAGUAUGUUGUAUCUAUGUAGGAUCUCUAUGGGCAGUAUGUUGUAUCUAUAUAGGAACUCUACGGGCUGUAUGUUGUAUCUAUGUAGGAUCUCUAUGGUCAGUAUGUUGUAUCUAUGUAGGAUCUCUAUGGGCAGUAUGUUGUAUCUAUAUAGGAUCUCUACGGGCUGUAUGUUGUAUCUAUAUAGGAUCUCUAUGGGCAGUAUGUUGUAUCUAUAUAGGAUCUCUACGGGCUGUAUGUUGUAUCUAUAUAGGAUCUCUAUGGGCUGUAUGUUGUAUCUAUAUAGGAUCUCUAUGGGCUGUAUGUUGUAUGCAGGGUAGUCCGUAGUUGUCUGGUUUAUAGUCUUAAUAGGGUUGUCUCCUGAGCCCCCCAUACUGUACCUGGACUCUCACCUGAGAUUCAACAACAGUAGAGUACAUUGAGAAUGAUAUGAUGACACAGCCAAAGGGGCUGGAGAAAAGCCACUCCCUUUACAACAUCUUGCAGUUCCUUUCUACCCUCCCUUCCCAACAUAGAUUAGCCUGUGUCUAGGCCUGGAUUUACCCGUGUAGUUGUACAGGUCCUUUCUGAGACUGGCUACACUGAACGCUAAUCUUAUUAGGGGUUCAAGUAUCGAAGCUGAGAGAAACCCUGUUGUAUUUGUUGGCGUUCAUUGUUAUACCGGUUCUUUCCGCAAGGAAAAUGAACAUGCAAAUUCCUGUGUGAUGGUAAGGCUGAGGAGGGUACAAUUUGGCAUGAUGGGAAAGGCCCAUAGUCCACACCGUCUCAUGCAAUGCCACGCCAGGGCCUCAUGGUGAAGUUAUAUCAAGCGCUUAAAAUUUCACAUUUUGAAAGGUCAUGCCCCUUAUCCCAUGUGACCUAGAGUCCUGAAAUUCAGUACACAGGUUUCUCUCCUCACAUGGUACAAAUUUUCCUCAAGAUCCCAUAAGGUCCGCUAUGAUGGAUUUUCUGCCAUUUAGAAUUUUUUGAAAAACACUUCAAUUAAAUCUCCUCCGGAACCACUGGGCCGAUCAGGUUGAAACUUGAUUUAUAGCAUCUAUGGACCAAGGUCUCUCAACGCAAUAUUUUCCUGGCUAGCAUCUGAAAGAACACGGACCAAUAAACAUUCAAGUGGGCAUGACCUGGCACAUAAAUGCAUAAAAAUCUGACACGGUUAUUCGUAUUGUAACAACUUGCUAUACAUGUUCAAAACCCUGUCUGGACUUAACGUAUGCAAGCACAUUUAGAUCGACCACACAGUGGCUAUAAUGGGCACAUAUUUAUAUCUCUUGAUCUGUUUGACUUAGUCGUGAAAUUUGGCACACAUGCUCAGGGAGGCGAGUCUAGCUAACCUGUAGAGUAUGGUUCUAUUUGGCCGCAUGGGGGCGCUGUUGGACAUGAUAAAUAAUACAUGCGAGCUCAUUGGCUUAGCGGCCAUAUUGUUUGAGCUAGAGUCUUAUUUGAAGACUUGUCUAUAGAUGCUAAAUACCAAAUUUGGUGCUGAUCGGUUCAGCGGUUCUGGAGAAGAUGUUUAAAGUAGUCAACAUUUGAAAAGGUCCAAAAUACAUCAAAAGCGUGUUGCAUGAUCUGUUGGAUUUUGAGUUCUGAUAUUUGGAAAGCGUGGGAAGGAGUACAGAAGUGGCUCGCCCUAGGGUGACUUGUUUAAUUUGCUCUGGGGCCCUAGCUUGAACCCCGGCAUGGCUGCUUGCAGCUAUAUGUUAAACUGCUCUCGGUCAGGUUUAUAAUUUGAGCAGGGAACUCACAGGAUUCCCCACCUCCGUAACUUAUUUUUGAUCCACGAUCCUUUAUUGCAUCUGAGAACUGAGUUGUGCUGCAUAAUUGAAUUUGUGACCAGUUGCAUUGGGAGUUGUACAAAGUCUUUUUCAGGUUCCAGAGAACGUUUUUCUCUGAUCUUUCCUCUGAGGGUCACACCAUUCCUUAUGCAUGAAGUCACAAGAGCCAUGUGUCAUUUCACUUCCAUCAUUCUUCUUUCUCUCCCUCUUUCUGUAUCACUACUGCUGUCCUGAAAGUGUCCCGCUGACUAUUUCACAUUCUAUGUCACCCAAUUCAUUCCACUCAGCUUGUCUUCAUCCAUAAGUGAAAAGAAUAGGGGUUCUUUAUGCAACAUCUUGCUACUUUGCCAUAUGUUUUUUUACAAAAAUGUUGCAGUCAAAUAUUUUGUUUUGAAAUUAUUUUUUAAGUUCAGUAUUUGUGUUUGUGCUUGAGUGGUUACAUGGUUACUGUGAACUAUUUAUGAGAAGUGAAAAUAAACUUUAAAACACAUGAAUAGGUUCAUAUUGCACAUGCAUUUCUCCCACACGUAUGAGAGCACAUGAAGUAUGUACUGUAUGUUAAUAUGUAUGUACAGUAGUUGAUGAUGUUGCAGAAGAUACUGCUGUAUAGUACUGUAUGUAUGUGUCUGGUAACAUGGAGAGCACAGACUUAGUUCUUCCCAAUGACUCCAGUUCCUGUGCGGACACACACACUGUUACUGCAAGCAGUGUCCUUCCAGUUUUAAUCAGUUGUACUGUGUGUGUCUGUUUGUGUAUGUAUGUAUGUACAUAUGCUAUUUUAUUGAAAUGCUGUGUCAGAGAUGCCUGUUUCUUUUUUUAUGGUUCUAUUGGGCACAACCCAUACAGCCACUUACCGCUGAAAUCUUGAAUUGAAAGUGUCCAAUUAGCUGGCACAUUGCCUCUGUCUACCCAGGGUUCUCCCCAAAGAAUGUAAUAGAGGCGCUGUGCCACCUUGUGGACUAGCUGCGCCACUAUGUAAUAUUUAGUCUUUAAGUCAAUAAAAAAUAAACAUAGUACUUUAUUUGUUAUCAUAUAUGAUUUUUUGGGGGGUCUAGAUUGCAGUAAAUGGCAGUUACAGGUGUUAAAAAAUGCCAAAGUUCCUGGGGCGAACCCUGCUACCAUGAUAACAUUUAUGAUGCAUUAUCAAGGAAAAGAUACUGUGUAAAUGUGUUUAUUUGGUGUGGCACACAGAAACACAGUACCUCUGUACUGUAGAGAUGGCUCUGCAAUGUUUCUCCCCAGUUUACACCCUUGCUGCUUUCAUUACAAGAUGAGGGUUUAGUUGCCGUUUUUCCUUCUCCGCUGUACAGUAGAUCUCAGAAGGCAGAACGAUGGAUUUGCUUCCCAGGUGCAAGGCCAACAUCUCUGGACAGCAGGGCUGUCCUAUGGUGUGUGUGAAUGUGUGUGCAAUAAUGUAAUAUGCACACUGUUUAAAAUGUGAGUGGUAAUCUGGUCCCUUUUAAAAAUGUAUGCCAACCUCUGUUGUGGGGUGUGUUCAGUUUGGCGUCUGAUGCUGCACACAGUGCAGAUGGCGGUCCUUAGUGGUAUAUGAGUGUGUGAGCCAUUAGUCCACAUCCAUUUAGGUUUGAUUUAUGGACACACAAGUGCCUUAGCCGGGAGACCAGAGGUAUAGAGCUGUGUGUGUGUGUGUGUGUGUGUGUGUGUGUGUGUGUGUGUGUGUGGAGCUGCCAGUAUUGCAGAGGGUUUGGAUGGAAGGGUAGGGUAGAUGCAUGAUGGGACACUCUGUGGCAAGACUUCCCUUUCGCUUUAGUAGAACAAUGGCCCUGCAUUUAGUCUCAGUUCUUUCAUUGUUGUUAUUUCUAGUAAUAGACUUAGAUGUGAAACAGGAAUCUGAAACCUGGUGUUCCUUUUUUUUAACCUUCUGGUACAUUCUUUGAUUUGAAGAGGAAAAAAACUGAAUCUCCUCUUCUCUUCCUUAUCACGUUCACGUGUCCAUCAGGGUUGCCGAGACGGGAUCUUGACUCCAAACUUGUUUGUGCCCUUUAAAUGUGGAAGAAGAUCAAAGUUCUAUCCAUGGGUGUUGUCACUAAAUAGAGACACCAUUGAAGCUGUUAAAAGAUACAAAAUGAGAAUCAGAAUGUCUUUUAUUUAUGUGUGUCUGUGAUCUCUGUUACAUCUUAUGUAUUGCACUUUUGGGAGAAACAGAAGUGAUACAGUGGAAUCAUCCGCAUUGUGUCAUACCGAUAGAUGAGUGUUCCUAUCACUAAUGGUUUAUGAAGCUUCUCAUAGGCUUAAAGUCAAACCAAUUUGGCGAAGAUCACAGUGAUAGGUUGCUCCACAGAUUUUUGUUAAAGUUUAUCUUUUUUUUAUAUUGAAGUAUGCAGUCAUUUUUUUGUACUGUAAUUUUGCUGUAGUUUGAAUGCAUAUUGCACUUUUUUUUAAACAUUUGUUAAAAUAAUGUACUGUAUCUGUUUAUGAAAUUAAAUGUUUUUUCAUGCUA